AUGGUCGUCGUCGCCGUUGCUGGCGGCACCGGCGGUGUCGGUCGCACCGUGCUGGAUGCUAUUGCAAAAUCGGGCCAACACCAAGCCAUCGUGCUUUCAAGGACGACAUCAGCUGCCACCGCGGUAAACAAACCCAAACAUUUUGCGGUGGAUUAUGAAAGUGUGGAGCAGAUGAAGCAGGUUUUGCAAGACAACAAUGUUGAAGUCGUUGUAUCAGCCUUGCUUCUCGUUGAUGAAGACGUUGCGCAGUCGCAGAUCAACCUGAUCCGGGCCGCCGCUCAAUCAGGAACUGUAACCAAGUUUAUUCCUAGCGAGUACUAUAUCGAUUUCCACGCUCCAAUACCCGGUGCGGAUCUAUUUACCAACUUUCAACUCGAGGCUGAAGCAGAGCUCUCGCGCCAUCCGCAGUUGACUUGGACGCUCAUCAGAGUCGGCAUCUUCCUGGACCACCUGACUAUGCCACAUAACCCCAAGACAACCUACAUUAGCCCAUUCUGGGUCUUUGUCGACAUGGACCAUGAGCAAUGCGUCUUUCCGGGUGACGGGUCACAACCACUUGUACUCACGCACUCACAAGAUCUCGCAGCAUACAUUGAGCGCCUAGUAGGCUUGCCGGCUGAGAAUUGGCCGCGCGAGUCUCUGGUUGCGUCAAACAAGCUCCUGGUAAAAGACCUCGAAUCGCUUGUGAAGAAGGUCACAGGGCGAAACUUCAAAGUCACGUAUGACUCGGUGGAAGAAAUUCACAAGGGUCACAUCACGCCACUGCCUUCUAACACGGCCGUAUUUCAGGAUCCAGCCAAGGGUGAAUUGUUUCACGACGUUGAACGCCAGGUCAUGCUUUCCAUGUUGAGCGGAGCGCAUAACUUGCCCGGCAGGAAUCUCGCUGAGCUUUUUCCCGAGGUUCAAACGACCAAUAUUGAAGACUUUUUCAGGGCGGGCUGGACACUGAAGGAAAGCACGGCAUCAUAG